AUAAUAGAGUAAUAGUCACUAAUAUGAAGUCGCCUUUGUUAAAAAACACAUUGUGUGAUCUGGAAAAGAUAAUAGGAGUAUUGAAUCGCGGCCGUGAAUUCACGUGCCGGCUAAGAGAAAUGAUAAAGAAACCUGUACAGGAUGACGAUGAGCAUAAUAUGUUGGCUGAGGAUUUGGUGGGGAAAAUAUUGAGUUCAUUUUGUGUUACUCUAUCGAUGCUAAGUUCUAACGAAUGCAAUGAAGUUUCUCAUGUUAUGAAGUCAACGGAAGAGUAUUCAAUUGGUAGUUGCAAGUCUUCAUUGAAAGAUCGAAGAGGACGCUACAAGAGAAGGAGAACUUUAGAGACGACCAUAAAAGAAACCUCAACUUUGGUUGAUGAUGGCCAUGCUUGGAGAAAAUAUGGUCAAAAACAGAUCCUCAAUGCCAAAUAUCCUAGGAAUUAUUUUAGGUGCACUCAUAAAUUUGAUCAAGGAUGCAAAGCAAACAAGCAGGUGCAAAGAAUCCAAGAAAAUCCACCACUGUUUCGGAUCACAUAUUAUGGUCAUCACACCUGCAAAACUUUUCCUAAGGUUUCACAAAUGAUCUGUGAUUCUCCAACUGAUAAAGAUUCUAACUCAGUCCUACUUAACUUUAGUUCUAGCAAUAAUCAUCGCCCUUUUUUGGAUAUGAUGGUGGAAACUGUUGAUAUUGUGGAUUUGUCUUUUGAAUUUUGAAAGAUAUUUACUAGA